AUUAAAGGAAGAUGACUUCUUGUGGCAAAGUAGAAAAUCCAAUUCUAUGUGCAGGGGGUUGUGGUUUUUAUGGAACUUCAAGCAAUCACAACCUUUGUUCCCAAUGUUACAAAACUUUUCUUAAAGAAGAAGCCAAGAAUAUCGUGGUUUUAUCUGAAAAGAUAUCAUCUCUUACUUUUCAUGAAGGUACAACGACUGAGAAUGUUGAUUCGACAAUGAAGAUUAAGCAAAGAUGCAUGACUUGCAAGAAGAAAGUUGGAUUAAUAGGAUUUAGUUGUCGAUGUGAAGGAAUGUUUUGUAGUGUUCAUAAGUAUCCUGAAGAACAUUCAUGUACUUUCGAUUACAAGUCUUUUGGUCGUGUGACUUUGGCUAAGGAAAAUCCUCCAUGUAGACAUGAUAAACUUGAGAAUAGGAUCUAAGGACAUUGU